GUUUAUCUCGGGUAUCAGAUACGAUAAUUGUGGAUACAUUUUCAGCAAAACCCGACGUCAUUGACUUGUUUUCUUUAUCGGCAAAAGUUGUAUGUGUUUAAUUAAAUCAACCACCUGAGCGGCGUCUAAAUUAAGGACGCGUUCAGAGGGGUGAAAGGCGACGCGAAGAAAAUUUCCGACAAGGAGAAAAUACAGUUUAAUUCAAAUUCUCUGGAAUUGUCGCUGUCCAACACAAGGAAAUGGAAAGUGAGGUUUUUACGCCAUUGUUGGAACAAUUUCUGCUCACGCCAUUGGUCGCCUGGGUUAAGGCGGCUGGGCAUUCAUCAGGAAACGAUGGCACCAAACUAUCGGAAUACAUUGAAUUGUUGGAUGGCAUUUAUUUAAACGAGAUCAUGCUUGAGAUAAAUCCAAAAGCCACUGUUCAAAGAACCAACAAGAAAGUGAACAAUGACUCAACACUGCGCAUACAAAACCUCUCCAUCCUGAUCCGGCAGAUAAAGUCGUACUACCAGGAGACCCUCCAGCAGCUGGUGGCGAUGCCUCUCCCCAACGUGCUGGUGCUGGGCAGGAACCCUCUCAGUGAGCAAGGUCUGGAGGAGAUGAGGAAGCUGUUGUUGCUGUUGCUUGGCUGUGCUGUCCAGUGUGAGAAGAAAGAAGAGUACAUUGAGAGGAUCCAGACGCUAGACUUUGACACAAAAGCUGCCAUAGCAUCUCACAUCCAAGAGGUGACCCACAACCAGGAGAAUGUUGUGGACCUACAGUGGCUGGAGGGGGGUGACCUGCCCCCAGAGGACCUGGACUCCUUCUCCAGGAACAUGGCCUUCCAUCUCAAACGCCUGGUGGACGAGAGAGACGACCAGCUGGAGACCAUUGUGGAGCUGACCCAGGAGAGGGACUGUGGACUGUACUCUCCUCCGCCCCUCUUUGCCCAGUCGCCCAACGACUCGCCUAGCUUGCGCCGCACAGAGAGCCGCCAGCACCUGUCUGUGGAGCUGGCCGACGCCAAGGCCAAGAUCAGACGCCUGCGCCAGGAGCUGGAGGAGAAGAGUGAGCAGCUGCUGGACUGUAGACAGGAGCUGGACAAUAUGGAGACUGAGAACAAGAGGAUUCAGCAAGAGAGCCUGCAGUUGUUGUCAGACGCGCGUUCUGCCAGGGCCUAUCGUGACGAGCUGGACGUUCUGAGAGAGAAGGCCAUCAGAGUGGACAAGCUGGAAAGUGAAGUGGGACGCUACAAGGAGAGGCUCCAUGACAUUGAGUUCUACAAAGCUAGAGUGGAGGAGCUGAAGGAGGACAACCAGGUUCUGCUGGAGACCAAGGCCAUGCUUGAGGACCAGCUAGAAGGAACCAGGGCUCGCUCUGACAAACUCCACGAACUGGAGAAAGAGAGCCUGCAGCUCAAAUCCAAGAUCCACGACAUGGAAAUGGAGCGGGACAUGGACAGGAAGCGUAUUGAGGAGCUGCUAGAGGAGAACCUGGUGCUAGAAAUGGCCCAGAAACAGAGCAUGGACGAGUCUCUCCACCUGGGCUGGGAGCUGGAGCAGCUCUCCAAGACCCCUGAUCUGACAGAGGUGCCUCAGAAGUCUCUGGGCCACGAGGUGAAUGAGCUGACGUCCAGCCGCCUGCUGAAGCUGGAGAAGGAGAACCAGGCCCUGCUGAAAACCGUGGAGGAGCUGAGGGGCUCUGCCAGCGAGGACGCCCCUGCACACCGCCUCAAGGCCGACAAGGAGAACCAGAGGCUCACCCAGAGGCUGGGGCAGCUGGAGAGUGAGCUGAACACAGGCAGGGAGAGUCUGUGCAGUGCAGAGAGCCUCAGCACCGACCUGAUGAAGGAGAAGGCUCUGUUGGAGAAAACCCUGGAGACACUGAGAGAGAACGCAGAUAGACAGGUGAAAGGCCUGGAGCAGGAGAACGAGCAUCUGACCCAGACUGUCUCGUCGCUGAGGCAGCGCUCCCAGGUGGGCGUUGAGGCGCGGGUCAAAGACGUGGAGAAGGAGAACCGCGUGCUGCACGAGUCCAUCCGGGAGACCAGCUCCAAGCUCAACAAGCUAGAGUUUGAGCGCAAACAGCUGCGUAAGGACCUUGAGAUGUACAAGGAGAAGGGCGAGAGGGCUGAGGAGCUGGAGGUGGAGGCGCAGCGGCUGGAGAGGGAGAACGAGGCCCUGCAGAAACGAGUAGCCAGUCUGGGCAUCACCUGUGACAAGGUGGUGUCUCUGGAGAAGGAGAACUCCGAGCUGGAGGUAGAGGGCCGUCGUUUAAAGAAGGUGGUGGACGGCCUGCGGAGCACAUCCUUCCAGUUAGAGGCCCUGGAGAAGGAGAACUCCCAGCUGGAUGAGGAGAACCUGGAGCUUCGCAGGACUGCUGAGGUGCUCCGCUCGGCAGGGAACAAGGCGGCUCAGCUGGAGCUGGAGAACCUUGAGCUGGAGAGUGAGAGGAGCCAGCUGAAAAGGAGCCUGGAGCUGCUCAAGGCCUCCUCCAAGAAAACGGAGAGGCUCGAGGUGAGCAACCAGGGCCUGGAUAUGGAAAACCAGCGGCUGCAGAAGGCCCUGGACAACAGCAGCCGCAAGAUGCAGCAGUUGGAGGGGGAGCUGCAGGAUGUAGAGCAGGAGAACCAGAGCCUGCAGAGGAGCCUCGAGGAACUGAAGAUCUCCAGCAAACGUCUGGAGCAGCUGGAGCAGGAGAAUAAGACUCUGGAGCAGGAGAGCUCUCAGCUGGAGAAGGACAAGAAGCACCUGGAGAAGGACAACAAGAGGCUGAGACAGCAGGCGGAGAUCAGGGACUCCAAGAUGGAUGAGGACAACCUGAGGAUCAGCCACCUGGAGAAGGACAACCGCUCGCUGGGCAAGGAGAUGACCUCCUUCAAGGACUCCUGCAACCGCCUCAAAGAUCUGGAGAAGGAGAACAAGGAGCUGGUCAAACAGGCCACCAUCGAUAAGAAGACACUAGUCACUCUACGAGAGGAACUGGUGAGUGAGAAACUGCGGACUCAGCAGAUGAACAAUGACCUGGAGAAACUGACCCACGAGCUGGAGAAGAUAGGCCUCAACAAGGAGAGGCUGCUGCAGGACGAGCAGAGCUCUGACAACGACAGGUACAAGCUGCUGGAGUUCAAGCUAGAGUCCACUCUCAAAUCUACUCUGGAGAUCAAGGAGGAGAAGAUAGCAGCCUUGGAGGCCAGACUGCAGGAGUCCUCCAAUCUCAACCAACAACUGCGCCAGGAGCUCAAAACUGUAAAGAAGAACUAUGAGGCCCUGCGACAGAGGGAGGAGGAGGAGAGGAUGGUGCAGAGCUCACCCCCCAGAAGAGGGGACAGGGAGGACUCUCAGGCGGUCAACAAGUGGGAGAAGGAGAGCCACGAGACCACCCGGGAACUGCUCAAGGUCAAAGACCGCCUCAUCGAGGUGGAGAGAAACAAUGCCACCCUACAGGCAGAGAAGCAGGCCCUGCAUACCAACCUGAAGCAGCUGGAGACCCAGAGCAGUAACCUACAGGCUCAGAUUCUGGCUCUACAGAGACAGACUGCAUCUCUACAGGAGAACAACACCACCCUACAGACCCAGAAUGCCAAACUACAAGUGGAGAACUCCACCCUGAACUCCCAGAGCGGCACUCUCAUGGCCCAGAAUGCCCAGCUUGCGACACAGCAGUCCAGCACGGAGAACGAGAAGGAGGGGGCGAUGAGGGAGAGGGAGGACCUGAGGUCCACCUAUGAGAUGCUACUGAGGGACCAUGAGAAGUUGGCUGCCUUGCAUGAGAGGCAGGCCUCGGAGUAUGAGGGCCUCAUUGGCAAACACGGAGGCCUGAAAAGUGCCCACAAGAGCCUGGAAUCACAGCACAGAGACCUGGGGGACAGGUAUAAUCAGCUGCUGAGGCAGAAGGAUCAGCUGGAGGAGCUGGAGAAACAACUGAAGGCAGAGCAGGAGAAGAUGCUGUCUGAGAACAAGAGCCACGAGGCCACGGCUAUAGACUACUACAAACUGAAAGAGGAGAAUGAAAGGCUGAACAUGGCACACCGCCAGCUGGUGAAGGAUAAUGAGGGACUGCAGGUUGACCAUAAGAAUCUGAAGAGCCAGAUGAACGGUGCCAAGCUGGAACAGACCCGCCUGGAGGCAGAGUUCUCCAAACUCAAAGAGCAGUACCAGCAGCUGGACAUCACCUCCACCAAGCUCACCAAUCAGUGUGAAUUGCUGAGUCAGUUGAAGGGGAACCUGGAGGAGGAGAACCGUCACCUGCUGGACCAGAUCCAGACCCUGAUGCUGCAGAACCGCACCUUGCUAGAACAGACCAUGGAGAGCAAGGACCUGUUCCACGUAGAACAGAGACAGUACAUUGACAAGCUGAAUGAGUUGAGGAGACAGAAGGAGAAGCUUGAAGAGAAGAUCAUGGACCAGUACAAGUUUUAUGACCCCUCUCCUCCACGGAGACGAGAGAAUUGGAUCACCCUGAAGAUGAAGAAGCUGAUCAAGCCGAGGAGUCGGGAGCGGAUGCGUUCCCUGACACUGACGCCCACGCGCUCCGAGUCCAGCGAGGGCUUCCUGGGGCUUCCUCUGGACAGCCAGGACUCUUCCUCCAUAGGCUCUGGCUCCAACUCCCUGGACGACACGCUGACACAAAAGAGGAACAGCAGGAAGAAAGACUCUCAGAGAGUGCAGCACUCCCAUGUGCAGAGUAACCAGGGUAACCAAGGUUCCUCUAAUGCUGUGAAAUGGUUGCCCUUUAUGAGGAACAGAUCGAAGGAGAAAGACAAAGCGAAGGACAUCUACCGCCGGUCCAUGUCCAUGAAUGACCUGCUGCAGACCAUUGCCCUGGCAGGGGGCCAGUGGGCGGGCAGCACAGAGAACCUGGAGGGGCCCGUGGAGGCCAACGGGGGCAGCCGAAGUCGGCACAUGAAGGAGCUGGGCUCCAUGGCCUACUCCACUAACGCUAUUAACUACACCACCCUCACUUUGCCCUCUGGCAACAGGGCCAAGAGGAGCUUGAAGAUCAAAGACAACGCUUCCUGUGAAGACGUUCCAGCAUCCUCAGACGACCCCAUUGGGUUCAGAGGUCAAGCCUCACGAGCCUCCAGCCUCCAUAGUAUCAAGACCAUCAGCAGUAAUACCUCCCACUCCACUCCGCUCGAGGCCAAAGGCACGUUGAACGGAAACCUCAGCAGGCCCCACAGUGAGAGCAGUGGGGAGUUCAGCCUCAGUCUGGAUCAGGAGGAGUGGUCCAGCGGGAGCAGCCCUGUCCAGCAGCCCCUGUCCCACUCCUCUCACCAGAGCUCCAUGCUGCUGCAGAGGUCCCUGGACCCCCAGGCCACACAGGCCAAGAAGAAAAAUGGCAGCGCCUCAGGCAACGCCAGCGAGGUGCUCUCUCUACAGCAGUUCCUAGAGGAGCACAUCGACCCUGCAGAGUCUGGCAGCCAAGAGAAUCUGACUGAGUCUUCCCGCCUUUCCGGAGGCGCUGAGCAUGUGCAGAGAGACCGGGCCGAGCGAGGCUCCACCGGCACUAAGGGGCGGGGCAUCCUGCGCUCAGCCAGUGGGAAGGCAGCGCCAGUGAACUCCGAUGGCCGCCCCACCAGGGGUGGCCAACCAGGUCAUCCCAGCUUACGAAAGGCAGAGAGUACGCGUGUGAAGGGCAUGGUCCUGCCACGGGUCAGCCUCUCCUCCCAGAGUAAAGCUGUGUCUGUGUCUGAGCGUCUGGACAUCUCCUCCUCCAUGCUGCCCCGGGCCAGCAGCGUCAUAUCCACAGCCGAGGGCUCCACACGUCGGACCAGCAUCCAUGACCUGCUGUCCAAAGACACCCGGCAGCCCGUGUCUGUGGACCCCUCACCCUCCUCAAAGGCCUUGCCUCGCGCCUACACCACGCCCAGUGUACCCCCAACCAACAACCCCACCCAGUCCCAACAUCCCACCCACCAGUCCAUCCCCCUAGCCCCAGCCCCCAUGCCCCUGUCCCUGCUGAAGUCAGUCAAUAUGCCCUGCACAGGCAGUCAGCACCCCCUCAGUUGUAAGGAAACUGACCUCUCCAGCCUCGAGUCUUUCUUUGACUCGUCCUUCACAGUGGAGUCAGUGUUUAUGGACUCCAUCUUCAGCGAGCCAGACUUCACAGGGUGCAGUAGCAAGAGCCACACCUUCCUUUCCCUCAACACCUCCCUGGUCAGUAACAUCAGCGGCCCCCCAGGCAAAACCCACCUCCGGCCCAACCCUGCCCAAACCGCCCAGAACCAACCAAAUGGGCUAAAGCCCAGCCCACCUGACCAGAAUGGGGAACAUGUCAUUGACACCAAUCAUGUGCUUGAUGCUGACCCAUCUCCACCCCUUAGCCCAGAGGACCAACAAUCGUUGUGGUAUGAGUAUGGCUGUGUCUGAAUGUGUGGUGCCCUGGUCAGCUACUGAUCUGGGACCUGCUUAAGGACCGGUGAUGGUCGGGGAGAAAGAAGGAACUCUGCAUGCAUUAUCAAAGCCCUAUCAUGCUAUGUUUUCCUUUGAGCUUUUAUGUUUGUUUUUUCAUGGCUGAUUUGUAAAUCCCUUUUCAUCACUCCUGGUUUGGUAUUUCCCUCAGUCUUAUGGAAGUGGGGUUCUCUGGAUGUCUUUGCUUCAGAGGUCUGUUCACACUGUAUUCAUUCAUCAAACCUCUGUUUGGCUCACAUUAUAAAGCUAUUACAUGAUUGCUUAAUGGGGACAUCAAUAGCUGUUCUAGUUAUUUUAUUCAUUAUUUGCUAUUUCUUUUCUAAUCACAAAUACAUCUCCAGAAAACAUGCUGCAAAGCUACAUUAACUAUCAUUUGGAUGUUCAGUGCAUCUUUAAAACAUCAUGUCAGAAGUCCUCCAGAAUUAGAAUGGAGCUCUGUUUAAUAAUAAAGCAAUGAGGCUUGUAGAACACGUCCCAUGAUAGGCUGACUGAGGAACACAUUAACUGCCAAUAAGCGCUAUUUAUGGAGUCAUUAUGUAAUCUAGCCCUUCAGAGGAAAGCAGUUUCACAUCUAUUAAAAUUAGAUAAAAUAUUUGGUUUCCCCUCUAUGUUAUUGGGUGUUUGGUAUGUGGGAGAACUCUGUCCUCUAAAGUACUGUCACAUUGCAUUACCAGUCUAAUUCUACUGUAUCAAUCUCAAUGCAUAUUCACUAAACUGCAUGGCUUUA